AUGUCUCUUGCGACUACGGCUAAUAACCUCACCCCGGCCACCAACUUCCCAGCUUUCUUUAACUGGAAACAUUCCACUCCUCUUCUUAUAGCAGUCGCUGCUGUCGUAAUGACUGCUCCUGUAAUCGCUGCAACUGUACUGCGAGGUCGUGAUACGUCCGAUGUGCCAGAGAUCACGUCCAUUCCCUCAUUGCCGCUGUUCGUUGCGGCUAAGAACCAUGCGACCACUGACAGCAAGAAGGUGGCUGUAAUAGAUCGUACAAAAGGAGAGAGCUUCACGUACAGACAACUGUUGUCAGAUGUAUCGGAGAAGAAGAAGUGGCUGCUGGAACAUUUGUCACUGGCUGAUUUGGAUCAGAGAAGGAUAGCAUUUCUAAUUCCCAAUGGCUAUGACUAUGUCGUGAUGCAGUGGGCUGUAUGGGCUGCCGGGGGCGUUUGCGUCCCUCUCUGCACCUCACAUCCCAUCAAAGAGCUUUUUUAUACAAUUGGUGACUCUCAGCCCUCGUUGGUUGUGAUUCAUCCAUUCUUCGACAAGGUCCAUAUAGCUCUACGCGAACAAGUCAAGGAUGUGCCCUUCACAGAGUUCAACCCGCUUUCGAGCACAAAGAAUAUAAAUAUAGUCUUACUUCCACCCUUCCAUGAGUCGUUACCUCUGAACCGAAGAGCUCUCAUGAUAUACACAUCUGGCACAACAUCCAAUCCAAAAGGCUGCGUUACAACGCAUAAGAACAUCACAUUCCAAGCUGAUUGUCUAGUCAAAGCCUGGAAGUAUACUUCAUCAGACCACCUGAUACACGUCCUACCCUUGCAUCACGUUCACGGCAUCAUCAACGGUCUGACUGCGUCUUUCCUUAGCGGCGCAACAGUGGAAAUGUACCCCAAAUUUGACCCAAGAAUCAUCUGGGAAAGAUGGCAGGACAAGGGCUCGUCAACAAUGUUCAUGGCCGUACCUACUAUAUACUCCCGCCUAGUCGACUAUUUCGAUGCGCACAUUCGGUCUACGGAUGCUGAGACCAGUUCGAGAGAAGGUGCCAAAGCGCUUCGGCUUGUUGUCAGCGGGUCUGCUGCUCUACCAACUCCGAUUAAAGUCAAAUUUGCAGAAAUAACUGGCCAGGUUUUACUAGAGCGGUAUGGAAUGACUGAAAUUGGAAUGGGUAUCAGUUGUGGUCUGGAUGUGUCUCGGCGAUUGGACGGAAGCGUGGGCUGGCCGUUACCCGGAGUUCAGGUGCGGCUGACGGAUAAAGAAACCAAAAAGAUAAUUGAGCAAGAUGAAGAGGACGGCAUGAUUGAGAUUAAGGGCGAUAACGUCUUCCUCGAAUACUGGAACAAGCCGGAAGCCACGGCCAAAGAAUUUACACCCGACGGGUGGUUCAAGACAGGAGAUGUUGCGAAGCGCUCCAAAGAAAACGGCGCAUACUACAUCCAGGGCCGCGCAUCGGUUGAUCUGAUCAAGACCGGUGGAUACAAGGUAUCUGCGCUGGAAGUCGAGCGGAAAAUACUCAGUUUGGAGAAUAUACAGGAAGUCGCCGUUGUCGGUGUGACGGAUGAAGAAUGGGGCCAGCGUGUUGCGGCCGUUAUCAAGCUUAGAGAUGGCGCCGGCCCCUUGGACUUAUCAACCCUAAGAACGCAGUUAAAGCAAGAAAUGGCUCCUUACAAAAUACCCACGAUCCUGAAAAUUGUUCAAGGAAUAGAGCGCAAUGCGAUGGGUAAGGUUAAUAAAAAAGAUCUGCUGAAGAAGUACUGGCCGGAUGCGUGA